AUGAAGAGUGCCUUUUUGUACGGGAAACUUGACAAAGAUAUCUAUAUGGAUCAACCACCCGGGUUUGGGGUGAAACAAAGCAAAAAGUGCUCUACUCCUCUUGAGACUAGCACGAGGUUAAGGCAUGAAGAAGGCUCACUUCUUCCAGAUCCCAAGCCUUUUCGAGCGUUUGUUGGAAGUCUCCUAUAUUUGACUAUUACAAGGCCAGAUAUUGCCUUUUCUGUUGGAUAUGUCAGCAGGAUUAUGCAACCACCAAGAAAGCCUCACCUGGAAGCUGCAAAGAGAAUUCUGAAAUAUAUCAACUCAACAUCAGAUAUGGGCCUAUUCUUCCAAAAGAAGAAUGAUUUGGUAUUAACUAGGUAUACUGACGCCGAUUUUGGUGGUGAUCUGGAUAACCAAAGAUCUACAUCGGGCUAUAUUUUUCUCUGUGUUGGAAUAAGUGUUUCUUGGUGCAGCAAGAAGCAAGACUCGAUUUUUUAUCAACUACAAAGGAAUAAUAUAAAGCAGUGGAUCUUACCGCUCAAGAAUGUGUAUGGCUUCAAAGACUUUCUGAUGAUUUGCAUCUAUAUAUGUCAAAGCCAACUGCAAUUUUCAGAGACAACCAAAGUGCCAUCAAGCUCGCAAACAAUUCAGUAUUCCAUGCAAGGACUAAGCACGUUGAAGUGGAACAUCAUUUCAUCUGAGAAAAGGGAGGAUAUCGAGGAAAUUAGAAGGUGUGGUCUCAAUGUUGCAGUUGCUGGAAUCCCCAAGGUUAUUGACAAGUCUUUCGGUUUUGAUUCCGCCGUUGAGGAAGGCCAGCGUGCUAUUAGUGCUGCUCAUGUUGAAGCUACCAGUUUUGAGAAUGGAAUUUGCCUUGUGAAGUUAAUGGGACGUGACAGUGGUAAUUCUUCACAUGCUAUACUUUUUGAAUUGCCGAUGUGUAGAUAA